AUGGGGUUGGUGGAUGAACUUCGAUCUCUUGGUUCGCAUUACACUCGGACCAAUAACCAAGCUGAUGGGGCUAGAAUAUAUUCUAAACUGGACCGUAUCUUUAAGAAUGAAGCUUGGAUGGAUUUGUUUCCUGAUUCUAUAGCAUUUAUAAAGUGGGAUUUAAUUUCCGAUCACUAUUUUUGUAUUAUUAAAGCUAUUUCAGCUGUGAACUCUGGUUUUAAACCUUUCCGAUUCUUCAAUAUGUGGAGUGAACAUGAAGGGUUCAAAGAUGCUGUUAUGCAAAGCUGGAACAAGUCGAUAAAUGCACAUGGUUUAGAAGGAAUUAUGAGGAAGUUGAGGAGGCUAACACAUGUCCUUCAGCAGUUCAAUAGAAGGGAGAUUGGUGAUGUUGAGCACAAGUUUAAUCUUGCCAAAGAGGCUUACAAUUCUGCCCAAUGCCAACUACAACAUGACCCUCAUUCAGCUGAAUUUCAAAGUGAGGAACGGGCUACUUUUGAGAAUUUUGUUCAGCAAGCCAGGUACUAUAAUAGUUAUCUUAGACAAAGAAGCAAAAUCAACUGGCUUAGGUUUGGGGGUGAUAAUACAGCCUAUUUUCAUGCUUGUUUGAAGCAGAGGAAGGCUUCUAAUCGAAUUACUUCGUUUAUUAAUGAUGCUGGGCAGAUUAAUGAGAAGUUUGAGGAUGUAGUGGCUCACUUCUUAAAUCAUUUUCGGAGUAUCAUGGGUAGUCAAAGUAAGGCUACUGUUCCUAUUCAAAGAUAG